AUGGCACGUUCGAGGAGUACAUUGACGCUGGUAGUGGCAACAGCUGCGCUGCUGGUUGCUGUAGGAUUUGUUGAGGGAGUUCGCUACACGGGAACGAUCGAUUGGAGCCGUGUGAGACCGUUGAAUGAAUUUCCUCACAUUGCGGCACGAGUGAGCCAGCUGAAGCCAGAGGUCCCCGUUCAGGAUGGAGGAUUCAAGGGACCUUCAACGCGCAUUGUUGGUGGAUCGAUUGCUACUGCUGGACAGAUUCCUUACCAGGUUGCCGUACUCUCGGACUUAGAAUCGGGACAGGCUUUAUGCGGUGGUGUCUUGCUGUCCAACAACUACGUCCUAACGGCCGGUGUCUGCGUUGAGAAUACGUCCGGUGGUGUGGUCGUGCUCGGUGCACUCAAUCUCCAAAAUCCGGCCGAAGCUGGCCAGGUCCGGAUCGCCUACACUGCCGGUAACGUACGCCUGCACGAGGAGUUCUUGGGAGUGAUCUUCCGCAAUAAUAUUGCCGUUAUCCGUCUGUCCGAGCCGGUUACGUUUAGUGAUCGCAUUCAACCGGUGCGCAUUCCGGCAGCUACCGAUAGCCGUACCUUUGCCGGAGUGUUGGCCACGGUUAGCGGUUUUGGGCGUACGUCCGACUCUAGCACAUCCUUCUCGGAUGUGUUGCGGUACGUGCGUAAUCCCAUCAUGACCAAUGCCGAUUGUCACGAUACGGCUUGGGGUGGACUGAUCGAUGGGCAGAAGAUGUGCCUACACUACAUGGAAGCUCGUGCACCGUGUGACGGAGAUGUUGGUGGCCCUAUGACAGUGGUGGACGGUGGCAGUACGUUGCUUGUUGGACUGUACUCGUUCGGUUCGGUGCUGGGUUGUGAAAGUGAUUGGCCAGCGGUUUUCGUCCGGCUCACCUUCUAUCGUCAGUGGAUCGUCGCUAAUACGGAUGUGACGCAGGCAUUGUAA